GAUUAAAAGCCUGAGUCUGAGAUUCAGUCAAAGUCUUGCCUCGGUGGCUGUGUGUGCGCUCACGGGCUGCAAAGGGGGAGUCGGAUGGAGGAGUGUCCAGCGACCGCCCCCUGUUCCGAGCGGUCCCUACGUAGCCGCUCCCAUUGGCUGGCGUUCCAGAGACCCCAGCCAAUCCAUUCAGGGGUUAGUGAUUUUCCCGAGCCGGAUGAGACCAAUUCCCCUCCCCAUCAGAAGCGAGGGUUACCCGGGGAACCGCAGACGGAACUGAUCCGGUGACCGGCGGACAUAAGUAUGGAGCUGCCUCUUCCGUUUAUGUUGGAUGCUGAUGCCCAGAAGCCCCCCAUGGGAAAAUGGUCAACGCCAUCCUUCGACCCUCGCUUCCCCAACCAGAACCAGACCCGUAACUGCUACCAGAACUUCCUGGACUACCACCGCUGCGUCAAGGCCAUGAACCGCCGCGGGAAGAGCACGGAGCCCUGCGCGUACUAUUUCCGCGUGUACCGCUCGCUGUGCCCAAUCAGCUGGGUGCAGCGCUGGAAUGAGCAGAUCAAAGAAGGCACCUUCGCUGGCAAAAUCUGACUGCUCGCGGCUUCCUCUCCGAAGAUACGCCCCUGUAGGCCGGCAUCUUCACGCCUCUCCGAGACCCGAGUUCGGUGACCACUCAACCCCGCAAUCUCUAAGCCGCAAAUAAAGUUAUA